AUGCAAAGAGUUACUCGAGUUAGAAAGCUGUUCCACUUAUUGAUGGUUCUCAUCUUUUUGCCAGGACUGUAUUUUAAUAAGCAGCUUCUUUGUUUGGCUUCCGUGUGUGCACUUGUUCUAUUUCUUGUGGUUGAGGCUGCAAGAAUUUUGCGUGUGCCACCAUUCUACCAGCCAAUCGGAAGACUUUAUAGAGACUUUCUUGAUAGCAGAGAUUCGGGAUUGGUCGUUUUGACACACAUCUAUCUUCUCAUUGGCUGCUCAGGUCCUCUCUGGACAUCUAUUGGUCAACCCGAUUUGAAUGAUCUCUUCCCAUUGGCUGGAAUUAUUUCAGUUGGUGUGGGUGACACCAUGGCAUCAUUUGUUGGUUCAAAAUAUGGAAGAUUGAAAUGGAAAUAUUCUGAUAAAUCUGUCGAAGGGACAGUUGCAUGUGCAUGUUCUCAGCUUAUUUUCAUAUUUCUACUGAACAAAUUUGGAAUCAUCAGCUUGGUGGGUGUGGCAAACGGAAAGAUUGUGGCAGCAGUUGUAUUGACGUCCUUGUUGGAAGCGUUCACAGAUCAAAUUGAUAAUUUAAUAUUACCACUCUUCAUGUAUUUGCUACUACUUAUAUGA